AUGGCGCGCGCGGAAAGCUCUGCCGCUCUCGCCCUGCUGGGCGACUCGAAGCAGACGGCAGAGGGCGUGUCACUGGCGUCUGCGAAGGCUACGGCCCUUCUGGACCAGCUUCUUCAGGGCCUGGGCGGGGAGGAGAAGGACGUCGCUGGCGUAGUUUUGCAGCACUGCUUGUCUGCACUGGAGAGCGAAGCUUUGACCGAGCAGGCGGAUGCGGCAGGAGCCUCCGGCUCGGCGAAGGUUCCUGCAGAAGGCGCGGACAAGUUGGGGACCAGCGCUAGCGUGGAGAAGGAGCUUCUGCUCUCGGCAGCCGCGGCGCUGCGGCACCAUUUCCGCCCGAGCGACUCGCGACCCGCCUCCGCCCGCGACGCCGCGUCGUAUGCUCAUCCGGGGCCCUGCUGCGCGUCGUGUUCGUCGCCGGUCUGCAGACGAGCGGGCGCGGGUUCAGAGAGGACCGGCGCCAUCCCCGCCCUCUGCGAGUGCGCGUGCGCGGCUGCCAAGCAGCGCGUCAUCUCUGCAGCGCGGACCGCGACCGCGGUCGCCGGCGCCUGCGUGGCGCCGGAGACGCAGGCGAAGGUCUUUGCACUGGUUUCCACUGCAGCGGGUGCAGCAGCCACGGCGGCUGCCGCUGCUGCGACUGCGUCGCCAGACUUUGCGAGCGCGGCGUCGACAGUCGCCUCGAACCUUAUCUGCGCGGCGGUGCGCGCGCAGCUGAAGGCCAAGCCGCCGAGCGGGGCCGCGCCUCCCGACAGCAGCGUGACCGUGCUUGCGAGUAUCAUUGCCAGUCUUUACGGCGCCGACUCUUCUUCAGCUGCUGAGGCGGGCGCGGCGACUGCGGAGGCGUCAGAGAGCCCCGGCAAGGCCCUGGAGAAGAGCCCGCAGGCGCUGCCGAUUCCGGUGCGCAGGGAGAACGACCGCGUGGCGGAGGAAGACGCGUCGCACUUCCCUCUCCCGGUGUCGACGCUGCGGGUGCUGCUGAGCCACGCGGAGAACACGCGCGACGAGGAGCUGCUUCUGUUGCUGCUGGCGAUUGCGCAGCACUCGUCGCCUGCGCCCCGCUCCGCGGGCUCCAGUCCUCGACAUUUGUCGAACGAACUGGCGCGGGCGGCAGCGCGCGAGGCGCUCCCAGUAUGUGCAGAAGGAACCCAGUGCAGCGCGUUGUCGGGCGGCGACAGGAAGACGCGCCCGUACCUGACUUUCUCCGACAGCUCCGCAGUAGUUGUGCGCGGCGUGGGCGCGGCGAAUGCGACCUGGCGCGGCUUCUGCAUCGGCGCCGGGCGCGACGGCGCCGAUGCGAGCGAGACGUUCGAGAAGGCGGAUUCGAAGAACGCGGCCAGCAAUGGCGGAGCGGAAUGCCAAUCGAAAGUCGCGAAGAAAUGCGGUAUUGACGUGGAAAAGGCGCUCCAGGUCUCUGGCGUCCCCUUUAAAACCGGCAUCUUUGCGCCCACCGACGACGACAAGGCGCUGGGUGACGAGUGCAGCGUCGCCGCGACGCGCACGAGCACCAUGAAUGACGGGGGGAACGUUCCAGUGACUGUCUCCUUCAGCGCGUGUGGAUAUGGAGCCACAGUCUCGACGAUGACGAGCGACGACUACUGGGGAGAGGAGGGGCAGUACGGCACCGCCUUUCCCGUGCUUGACGUGAAGGAGACUUCGCGACUCAAGAAGGAAGGGGUUUCACAAGUGGGCGCCGCCGUAGCGACGGCGAGCGGGGACCCAGUCGUUCUGUCUCUUACGACUGACGGCGUCUCCACGUCCUCGUGUUGCUCGUCCGAGUUGUCCUCUGUUGCGGCGUCGUCCUUCACCUGCGUCUGCGGGCGCGCCGCCUGCCAGCUGUGCGGCUCAAGCGAAGAUCCGCUGCGCGCGGGAACGGCGGAGGCGACGGCGGAGCAUAUCAGUUUAGUCGAGUUGCUUCGCAAGGCACAGUGCCAGCCUCCGCCCGGGCUCUCCAUCGGCGCCGGGUGCCGCGCCGCCGUCGAGAACCGCCUGGCUGCGGAUGUCUGCAGAGCGGCGGCGGGCAGAGAACAGACUCCGCCGAAACGAGACGUCGAAAGGCGUGCGGGCCCUGGCCAACAAGAGACGCCCGAUGCGACUCCGGAGGCGCAGGAGCCGAAGCGGAAUUCUGCCGAGGAUGGCGAAUUGCUGGCGGCGGCUGCCCUUCUGAGAACACUCUCGCUGCGGUGCAACGGAGAGAGCGACGUCUCCGGCGCCGUCCCUCAGCUCUCGGAAGCUGACACUGAUCUCGCGCGGCGCUUCUUGCAUUUGUUGCAAACGUGCACGCAAGCUCAGCACCUGGCGAAGGCCUCGCCAGGCGGGCGCACGGAGCUAGCCAACGGCUCUGACUCGACAGAGACUGCGGCGGCGACGGAGGCUGCGCCGCUGGGUCAGGCGGAGGCGGGCGCGGUGGUCGAUCGCGAAGUGCCGAAGAACGACGCCUCGUCCACCGAAGCGCACAGUGCGGCUGACUCCGGUGUGCAUGCAGGCGCGGCCGUGGCGGGAUCUCAGGCGAUGUCCGGGGGGGGGAACAGCGGCGGGCACUCGAAGCCGGUGCCGCUCGCGACUGAAGCUGCGGCGGCUGCCAGCGCCUCGGCAGCACAAGGACUGCCUGGUGAAGAGGCCUCUCGCACUGCGCUGCAAGCGGCAAGUCAAGAGGAUGUCAGCGGCGCUCCGCGCAUUGGCGGAUGGCCAGAAGAGCGCACUGGUGACGACGUCUACCGCUACGGCGUUCUGCUGCGGCACUUGGGCCGAACGGGCAAGGUGAAGGCCUGCUGGACGGUGUGGAGCAAGCUGAAGAACACGAAAGGUAGGGCCUCUUCGACUCUGCGACUCAGGUUCGAACGGAUUCUCCUCGCGUCUGCGCAGAAGUGGAGAUCCGAGGAAACACCCGCUUCGUUGUUGUUCGUUCUCGCAGGUCUGCAGCCAAACGCUGUCGCGUACGGCUGCAUGUACGACGCGCUGGUGAGCAACGGCCGAGUCGUCGAGGCGCUGGAACUCUUCGAGGAGAUGAAGCGAGAGGGACAAAUUCAGCCAAACACAAUCAUGUACUCCACCAUCAUCAAGGGCUUUGCACAAGCCAAACAGCUGGACAGGGCGCUCAAGAUGUACGCCGAAAUGCAGGAAAAUGGCGUGGCCAUCAACACGGUGACCUUCAACUCCAUCGUGGAUGCCUGCGCGCGUGUCGGGGCGAUGGACAAAGCAGCCAUGCUUCUCGAGGACAUGCUUUCUCAGGGAAUCAAGCCUGACUUGAUCACUUUUUCUACGAUUAUCAAGGGGUACUGCGUACACGGCGAAAUGAACAAGGCGCUUCACCUUUUGACGGCGAUGCGGGAGAGGCAAAUCAAGCCCGAUGGCGUGCUUUACAACUCCCUUCUCGAUGGCUGCGUCAAAACUGGGCGGGUGUCGCUCUGCGAGUACCUCUGGGAGGAGAUGCAGAGGGAGGACAUUGCGCCCUCGAACUUCACACUGACCAUUCUGAUUAAGAUGCACGGGCGGCUGUAUCAGCUGCAGAAAGCGUUCGACCUCGUCAAGGAGCUGCCGCGGAAGUAUGGCUUCAGCAUCAACGCGCAUGUCUACACGUGCCUGAUGGCGGCUUGCAUAGUCAACCGGGAGUACACCCUGGCCUUGGAGGUUUACGAUUGCAUGGAGCGCGAUGGCGUCCGCGGAGACCCCAAGACGCUGAGCACCAUCGUCGGCGGCUGUGUGAAGGGCCGCAUGAUUCGGGAAGCUGUACGAAUCGUCGACAGGGCCCUCGAUCAGAUGGCACCUCCGAGUGCGGCGGCGCCGCACUCCCACGGAGGCGACGUAGGCGUCUCUCCACACACGGGGCCCGCGUUGGUGGACGAGAAGACACUUCGAUUCAUUGUGCAGCAGACGAAGGCCCACGGACUCGGAGAGGAGCUGGGACUGCCUCUCGUUCACAAGGCCAUCGGCGUUGGGUUGCUGCGGGGGCGAAACGCAGCUGCGGCGUUCCACUCCCUGGGGAAUUCGUCGACGCAGGCGCUGUCUUCUUUUUGCUCGGGAUCGGCACUAGGGGGCCUGAGACAGCGCAAUGCGGGCCGCUUCGCCGGCGACGCGCCUCCUCCGUGUCACCGACGCCAGGGCUACGGCUUCGACGGGAAGAACGGCAACAUGGUGUCCGCUUACCACGGGGAAGCUGAAGCGAACUGGCAGUCCGUCUCGGGGCCCGCCGCCUCGCAUCAUGCGCAGAUGUCGAGCCGGGCGGGCGCGCCGGCGAGCGGGCACCCCGGCGGCCGAUUCUCUCAGCGGCAUCCGCGAGACGCCGUAGAGGACAGCUUCUUCUCUGCGUCCUUCGAGGCGCUGCCGUCGGUGCGCACCCACGCACCAAGCGACUUGAACUGCACCGGCAGGAAGGCCUGCGGGGGCCACGUGGAGCGGAGACCGGCAGACGCGGGCGCCGCAUCUGCUGGCUGGCGCGGAGAGGGGCGCGCGGAAAGCGCGUGGUGGAGUGGCGGGGGCGGCGCUCAGCGCGGCGCGAGUGACCUGUCCGCCCCAGAAGCGGCGCCGCUGAAUGCGCGGCUGCACGAGAGUUGCUUGGGCGGGGGAUGUGCCGUGGUGCGAGGCGGCGCUUCUGCCGCGGUCAGAGGCGGUCAGGAGCGACAGGUGCAGGGGUCAGCGGGCUGUGGAGGCGACGGGUUUUUUCUGCCGACUCUCCUCAACGUCCACCUUGCGGACGCCGGCGAGGUGUCCGGGAGCUCUGCACAGACAGUGCUGGAGGAGACUGUCGCAGGGCGACUGCGCGGGGGCGCGGCCGCGGACGGCCAGGCAGGAGGCAGCUGCGGGUCCCACGCGGCGGACGCGAGGGGAUUCGGCGCCCGCGCGUUGCCGCCAGGCUUGGGCGACUCGGAGAUGUUCAAGUCGGGUCAGAGACGAUUUUUGUGUGGAGGCGGCGUCGGGCCUUUCGGCGCCUCGACCGCCGCCUUCGCUGCGCCGUCUCAGCAGCAGCAGGUGUCGUCAACGGCGGUCGAGGACGGCGUGGCGUCAUUCCUCUGUGCCCGCGAGCAGCUCCUCGCGGGCUCGUCGGCGCAGGACAACUUUGGCUACUUCUCCGCGGCAGCGAGGCCGCUUGCCUGCGGAAAAGAUAAGGGGGGUCGCCAGCAGCCUGAGCCCCGUAGGCUGGGCGGCCAUACGUUUUUAAGUGGUCCAGACUGCGCGGCGGCCUCCCACGCAGCAGGGAGGGUCUUCGCAGAGCCCAGCCCCGUGUGCAGCAACUGGGUGGGGGGCGGCGCGGACGGCCAGUGCGCGGCAGAGCCCCAGCGGGGCGCCGCCGCAGGGAGCUGUGCAGAGCGCGUCCGCCCCUCCAUCCACGCGCAGCCGCAGCUGCCGCCGUACUGUGGGGCGGGGAGCGCGGUGUGCGAGUCGCCCGGUGGGAGUGGCGGCUCGGGCAUGGGCGCCGCGGCGGGCCGGAGGCGGCGCCAUGCGCCGGGUCAGUACAUGUGGAAACCCGAGGGGAAACCGGUUCAGAAGGAGAGCUGCUAG